AUGUUCACAGGAACCACCGAAAACCCAAAGAUCAUCCUUGAACUUGGAGCAGGCACCGCACUACCCUCCCUCUUGCUCGCCAAGACUACGACUCCAGGAUCUACGGUUCUCAUCACUACAGACCGACCCAAUGCGCCGCAUAUUCUGGAUAACAUUCAGCGAGCUUACCAGGAGAACCAUAUAUCAUGGUCAAUGGAUCAGCCACAGCAACAGCAAUACAGGAUUAUGGUGCGGUCUCUAGGCUGGGGUGACUUUACGCUGGCGAGCCCUCGUAACCCUGAUGGUGGUCUACUACAGCUUCUCAAGGACGUCUCUCCAAUUGUUCAAGUCAAGGGAGGGACCAGUAAUGCAGGAAAUAUUGAUCUAAUCCUUGGGAGCGACACCUUCUACAACCCACCAGAUUUUGAGCCAUUGCUUGCGACAGUCUCGUUUAUCAUCAACCGCCACAACCCAGACUGUGUCUUUUUGACGACGUAUCAGAACAGGAGUGCAAAACGGAAUAUCGACCACCUGCUGGAAAAGUGGGGACUUGAAGGGCGAGUCAUUGAAUGGGAGGCAUUCGAUUUCGACAUGAGCAAGUUUGUCUCCGGAGGGGAUGCCAAGGAUGAAGGUGAUAUAAGCAUUGAAGAAAAGGAAGGCCAAGGGUCGGAAGACGAGGAAGGCCAAGAGUCGGAAGACGAGGAUAGAUGGUUGAGACUGGCCAAGGAGGAGAUUGACCGCGCUAUGAGUACACCUGAGGCCGGAUCGACGAAAAAGCCAGGUCUCCUUGCCCUGGUGGACUACUCGUCUGGAUCCGACUCUGAGGAGGAAGAUAAGGACACGUGUGCAUCAGAGGCGUCAGUUGUGGACCCAGUGAGUGAGUCUGAGGAUGAGCAGGACGAUACUCACAAGAUGGGUGACGGCGGGUCGUUGAGCAGUGUGCAUUUUUUGUGGAUUUGCAAGCGUGGCCGUGGUGACGACGCGUUUGCAGCCUGGAUCGGGAGCCGGCCCCAGGCAGACAGCCAAUAA